ACAGAGAGCCACAGCAUCACAGACCAUUGCGGUUUUCUCUCUCUCAAUCUCCCUCUCUCUCUCUGAUUCGAUCGAUUAGUUUCCAGGAGCGGUUUGAUUUGAUAUCGAUCUGUGACAAUGGUGGCGGCUGGAAUCGACAUGGAUGAAGGAGCUCUCGAGAUCGGAAUGGAGUACAGAACUGUCUCUGGUGUUGCGGGACCCUUGGUCAUCCUUGAAAAAGUGAAGGGUCCAAAGUACCAGGAGAUUGUUAAUAUUCGCUUAGGUGAUGGAUCUAUGAGACGUGGUCAGGUUCUGGAGGUUGAUGGCGAGAAAGCUGUUGUCCAGGUUUUUGAAGGAACAUCUGGAAUUGACAACAAAUUUACUACUGUGCAAUUCACAGGAGAGGUGUUGAAGACACCUGUAUCACAAGACAUGCUUGGCCGCAUAUUUAACGGCUCAGGAAAGCCAAUUGAUAAUGGCCCUCCUAUUUUGCCAGAGGCAUACCUUGACAUCUCUGGAAGUUCAAUCAACCCCAGUGAAAGAACCUACCCUGAAGAGAUGAUUCAGACUGGGAUUUCUACCAUUGAUGUCAUGAACUCUAUCGCUCGUGGACAGAAGAUUCCUCUCUUCUCUGCUGCUGGUCUACCUCACAACGAAAUUGCUGCUCAGAUUUGUCGUCAGGCUGGUCUUGUUAAGCGGUUGGAAAAGACUGAGAACCUAAUUGAGCAGGAUCAUGGAGAGGACAAUUUUGCUAUUGUCUUCGCAGCUAUGGGUGUAAACAUGGAGACAGCUCAGUUCUUCAAGCGUGAUUUUGAGGAAAAUGGAUCAAUGGAAAGGGUUACCCUUUUCCUGAACCUGGCAAAUGACCCGACCAUCGAGAGAAUCAUCACUCCUCGAAUUGCCCUCACAACUGCAGAAUAUUUAGCUUAUGAAUGUGGGAAGCACGUGCUUGUUAUAUUGACAGACAUGAGUUCUUAUGCAGAUGCUCUUCGUGAGGUCUCUGCUGCUCGGGAAGAAGUACCUGGAAGACGUGGAUAUCCGGGUUAUAUGUACACAGAUCUUGCAACUAUUUAUGAGCGUGCAGGGCGUAUUGAAGGAAGAAAGGGUUCCAUCACCCAAAUCCCUAUCCUGACUAUGCCCAAUGAUGACAUCACUCACCCUACUCCGGAUCUUACUGGUUACAUUACCGAAGGUCAGAUAUACAUUGACAGGCAGCUUCACAACAGACAGAUAUACCCACCCAUUAACGUGCUUCCAUCACUUUCUCGAUUAAUGAAGAGUGCUAUUGGUGAGGGAAUGACUCGUCGUGACCAUUCUGAUGUGUCCAAUCAGCUCUACGCAAACUAUGCUAUCGGGAAGGAUGUUCAAGCCAUGAAAGCUGUCGUUGGAGAAGAAGCUCUUUCAUCUGAGGAUCUGCUGUACCUAGAGUUCCUGGACAAAUUUGAGAGGAAGUUUGUGAUGCAAGGAGCCUACGACACAAGAAACAUCUUCCAGUCACUUGACUUGGCAUGGACACUGCUCCGUAUCUUCCCUCGUGAGCUUCUCCACCGUAUUCCUGCCAAAACACUUGAUCAAUUCUACAGCCGCGAUGCCACAAGCUAAGCCUUUUUAAACAGCCUAUAUAUUGCUCUAUCCUCGUCUUAUUUGGAUUAUGUUGAGAGAAGAAAAACAAGAUUUGCGUGAAAACGAGAACACAAACUCAGAGAAUUGUGAUAUUUGGAUUAUUCGUUUGUUUUUUCAUCUGUGUAAUAAAGGUUUGUGUAGUAGGGAUAAACUACGCACGAAAACUCUUAUUUAUAAGCCUUCUAUGCCUUACAAGCUGGUGAAUCAUGUCUUUUUUGUUGUUGUGUAAUAAAUCUAUUCCUUCAGACUUUUAUUAAAUCUUCUAUACAAUGUUUUACAUAC